GAGUAGGCGCCCAGUCCAGACGCGUCAGCGCACGCGUCGAAGGCAGCGCGAGCUGCACCGUACCUGCUGCUCAUCCUCGCCGCCUGUGUCCACCAUGCCUCUCGAAGCAACACUCAUCGUGAUCGACAACUCAGAAUACAUGCGCAAUGGCGACUACCAUCCAAACAGAUUCCAGGCCCAGUCAGACGCAGUCACCACCCUCUUCCAGACAAAGGUCGACUCUAACCCAGAGAACACCGUCGGCUUCAUGACCAUGGCUGCCAAGGGACCAGAAGUGCUCGUAACACAUACGAAAGACCUCGGCCAAAUACUCCAGGCCGUCCACUCCACCCAGGACAAGAUCGGCGGCAGCGCAGACAUCCCCACCGCCAUCGCCGUCGCCCAGCUCGCGCUCAAGCACCGCUCAAACAAGAACCUCCGCCAGCGCAUCGUCGUCUUCGUCGGCUCGCCCCUCGACGGCCAGGGCGCGGACGAGAAGUACAUGGUCCGUCUCGCGAAGAAGCUCAAGAAGAACAACGUCGCCGUCGACUUCGUCGCCUUCGGCGACGGCAUCGAGGAGGGUGAACGCAGUAUCCUCAAGACCUUCGUCGACACCGUCAACUCGAGCGACAACAGCCAUUACCUUGCGGUUCCACCAGGCCCGCACCUGCUGUCCGACAUGAUCCUCAACUCCCCCCUGCUCGCCGGCGACCGCGGCAUUCCAGAAGAGGCGAUGGGCGACGUGCCCUCGGGCUCCACCGGCGGCGGUGGCGGCUUCGAGUUCGGCGUCGACCCCAGCCUGGACCCCGAGCUUGCCAUGGCACUGCGCAUGUCGAUGGAGGAGGAGCAGGCGCGCCAAGCGGCCGCUGCGGGGUCCGCCCAGCCAUCGUCGUCGUCUGCACCUGCGGCUGCGCCCGCGGCGGCCCCAGCACAACCGGCAGCCCCGGCAGCAGCCGCCGCGCCGGUGGAGGACGAGGAGGACGAGGAGGCGAUGCUGCAGCGGGCGCUCGCGCUGUCGCAGGGGCAGGACGUGGACAUGGCGGACCAUGCGGGUGGGGAGGAGGAGAGCGAGGAGGACGCGAUCAAGCGGGCGAUUGAGAUGAGCAUGAAGGGGCACGACCAGCAGCAGUAGGCGCGUCGGGGGUGGCCGUCGAGGUGGAAGUGGUGGAGGAGCGCUUCGUGUUGAUAGGAUGGGGCACGACAACUUUUUCCAUGUUCUGACUGGACACCAUAUAAUGUACAUCACCCUCAUCCC